CAUUGAUGUACUCGUACCUCUACUCUACAGAAAAACCUGCAGUUGCGGUUACUGAAAAGCGAGAAUUGCUAAGAAACUUUAGCACUGCAUUAUCGUUGUCUUUCGUGUGUUUUAUAUAAAAAGCGUAUUUGUUUAUAAUUAUCCAGAUACUGUGAAUAAGUGUCUUACGGCAAACGAGCCAUGAUAUUGUCUACGUGCCAUGAUGCCAGUUUCAAGUGCAGCUGGUGGAUGUACAUCGGCUGCUCAGUGCUGUUGCAGCUGCAAUUAUGUGCAGCAUGUCCAACAUCACCUCAAAGGAAACCAUCAGGCCCCGACUUAACCGCGAUGCUAGCGGAGGCCCUGCUCUACAACCGGCAGGACGACCGCAUAACACUGACCCAGCUCCCAACGCCGGAGGUGGCUGGCAGGAUAGUGUCCCGGCCGCGUUUGGGCGAGAAUGUGACGUUCCGGUGCGAAGUGCCGGCCGACACUGACCCGCGCAGUGUGUCCUGGCUGCACCAGGACCGCACCAUCUUCGAAGCUGGACAGCCAUUGCCGGUGACGGACGGCACGGGACAGGCCUAUGACUUUAGCCGCGUCAACCGCACCCUCAUCCUGGUGGUCUCCAAUGUCACCAUGCGUUCCGGAGGCUCCCUGGAAUGUAUCGCCGCCCCGCCCGGCUCUGCCUACACUCCCCAACGCCACGUCCUACAGCGGUUCAUGCUGCUGCCGCUGAUCACGCGCCGCGACGAGGUCUUCACACCGUCCGACGGAUAUGUGACCGCCACCGAGGGCGACAUGGUAGCGGUGCCCUUCACUAUCCGCCUGCCGCUACCUGAAGCCAUUUACAUCAAUCUGCGAGAACAUUUCAUUUGGCGCCUCAACGGCCGCGUCGUCCAAGGUCCCACGGAGGAGCCGUACGGGUCCCUGAUGCCCACUUCGGGCCUCGCUGUUUACCCUCCGCGUGACCCCAACUCCAACCAGACAGCACCCCCUAACAGCCCCGGACAACUGUUUACCCUGCCUUUUAAUUUUUGGGCCGUUACACUGGCCGAUGAAGGCACUGUGGAGUGCUUCUUCCGGCCGCACCGGCACAUUCAUGAGUGGAUAUUCCAGUCGACGCCGCUGUUGGUUUUUUCCAAGACUCCGCCGUAGCGUGAUUGUACGAAAUAUUGCAACGGCAUGGGUCCCGCAUUCGCAGGGAAGGAGGGUUCAUCUCUACUAUAAUGCACCAGACUCGGCAGAUACGCGCGUUCCGUUCGUAACGUCUUUUUACUGAUUUUUUCUUUUAACAACCAAAGUCUGACUCUGACUGUUAUUAAGACAACGUGCAUGUACAUUGUACUCGUUUACCGGGUAGCUGAAGAAAGGCGUAAAACGUGUGAAGCGUAAAGCCGAUUUAUGGAUCAGAUAGGUACUGGAGAUCAAAAUCAACAGCGAUCACACUUAUUUAACGAUAAGUCUGAUUUACAACAUUUUUUUGAAUAUAUUUUGUGAGUAACGCCCGCCCCUCUAUGUACUGUAAUGAAAAUAAAUGUAGACAUAUUUAUAAAAUUAUACUGGAAAAUCUUUUUUAAAUGUACAUGCGCAACAAUUUCGUGCUAAUUAUCGCAUGCGUUCUUAGCUGUCUAAUUAUACAUUUUGAUUUAUUU